AUGGCGGAUUCGAAGGCCACUGCGGCGGUCACCCUCCGCACGCGCAAGUUCAUGACCAACCGCCUCCUGUCCCGCAAGCAGUUCGUGCUCGAGGUCAUCCACCCCGGCCGCGCCAACGUCUCCAAGGCGGAGCUGAAAGAGAGGCUGGCGAAGCUUUACGAGGUGAAGGACUCCAACUGCAUCUUCGUCUUCAAGUUCCGAACCCACUUCGGAGGCGGCAAGUCCACCGGCUUCGGACUCAUCUACGACAACCUCGAGGCUGCCAAGAAGUUCGAGCCCAAGUACCGCCUCAUCAGGAACGGCCUUGCUACUAAGGUAGAGAAGUCACGAAAGCAGAUGAAGGAACGUAAGAACAGGGCAAAGAAAAUCCGUGGUGUGAAGAAGACAAAGGCUGGAGAUGCCAAGAAGAAGUAA